AACUUGGGUACCAUACACCUAAAAGCAAUCAAGAAAUCCUUGCAAAAUGGUCGAUGCGGCGACUAGAAAAACACUCAGUAAUAUUCCUCUUCUUAAAACAAAGGCAGGACCAAGGGACAAAGAUCUAUGGCCGUCAAGACUGAAGGAAGAAUACCAAUCCUUAAUUCAGUACGUUAACAACAACAAGGAGUCUGACAACGACUGGUUUCGACUGGAAUCCAACAAGGAUGGCACUAGGUGGUUUGGCAAAUGCUGGCACGUCCACGAACUUCUCAAGUAUGAAUUUGAGAUUGAAUUUGAUAUUCCGGUGACGUAUCCACAAACCGCUCCAGAAAUCGCCAUUCCAGAGCUGGAUGGUAAAACAGCCAAGAUGUACAGAGGGGGGAAAAUCUGUCUGACGGAUCACUUUAAACCCCUCUGGGCUAAGAAUGUCCCAAAGUUUGGGAUCGGCCAUGCUAUGGCGUUAGGGCUGGGGCCCUGGUUGGCCGUUGAAAUUCCAGACCUGAUCAGCAAAGGCCUUGUAUUAUACAAAGAGAAAGAAGAGAAUGGUGCCAGUAAAUGAACAACAAGCCGUGUAAUGCUAACGAGGCGUGGUUCCAUACCAGUGUUUUAGUCAAUUCUAUCACAAGUUCGGCUUAAGUAACGUCCUUCGCAAGUCCAGUUAUUAAUAACAGGGGAUGAAGCUACAGUUACAGAGGAACACUUUUGUCAAGUUCAUUUGAACAGCUUAUGACUUGUGAUGGAUUUGACUUCAACACUUUUGAAUUUCCAAAAUAAUGUUUGGGCAGCUUCUAGUUGCACACAGGGUGAGUAAAAAAAAUCGGAGCCCAAACCCCCAAAAAUGUAUUUCAUAUUAAAAAAUAUGUAGCACCAAAAAAAUACUGACUGGAAAGCCAAUUUCAUAAGCUACUUUUAGAUGAAAAAUGACUGAAUUUGCUGUAUCUGUUCAGAGAAUAUCACCAUUUAAACGCAGUGACCCUAAAAACCUGUCUGGUCUAAAAACAGCAAUUAAUUGUGUGUUUUUGACUGUUUGGAACAAAAAAUGACACAGAAUACUUGUUUCAACAACUGUCAACAACUGCAGUUUACAAUCUCUUUAUUAACAACCCUGGUUGUUAUUUAUAUAAUCCACUUAAAAAAAAACAGGCCUGAAAAAAAGGACAUUGUUCAAUAUUUUGAACUAUUAAACUGAGGUUUUAUCGCUGUUGAUGUUUGAAGACAAUUGUGACGACGUUUCUUGAAAUCACUUUUUGGAUGAGACAGGUUUUAAAGUCGUGUUUAAAUGGUGAUAGUCUUUGAAGAGAUUGAGCAAUUUCAGUAAUUUUGUCAUCUUAAAGUAGCUAUAUAAUUGGCUUUCUAGUCAUUAUUUUUUGUGCUACCUAUUUUUUAAAUAUAAAUAUGAUUUUGGGGGUUUGGGUUCUGCUUUUUUUACUCACCCUGUACCACCUUGUUGGAAACUUCAGAGUUUCACACCAAAUGUAGUUUAAAAAGCUUUCGCACGUUUUGGGGUUUUUUUUGGGGGGGGGGAGUUGAUUAGGGUGGAUGGGGAUAUUUAGAUGUCGAGUGUAACAUCAAAACCUUUCCAAAGUGGCCAUAUGUGGAAUGGAGAUGGAGAGUGGCCACUAUAGAGAGGUUGUCACUAAUUCUUUUAUUUCAUUUUGCAUUUUUUUCAAUUUUAGCUCAGCAUUUUUUUCAGCAACUAACCAUUUCAGACUUUGUCUCAAAAACAAUCCUGAUUCAUUUUACCUUUUUAAUUGUAAAUUUGUAACAGUUUAAAAUAUCAAGAUGUUAUUGAACAAACUGUUAAAUUUACUCCUGUGUCUAAGCAAUAGAAAAUCACUGUACUCAAAUUCAUUAGGUCAUUUCAAAGUUAGAAGACCCAUAUUUCGUACCCUGUAACAAAAAAAUAAAAAGAAGUCUGCUUUCUGUAAAACAACCCUUUUCUUAAAGCAAAGCACCUGGUUUUUUUCUCCAAAUCUAGUGCAGAAUGAAAUAGAGUGAGCAUCUUUUUAACUCCUAAUACGAUACAAACUAAACUCAAGCUUAACUUUAUUUCGAACUUUAAAGAUAUUUAUUUUAUUUGCAUGAAACUGAAUACAAAUGUACAUGUAUCGUGCCAUCCUUUGCAAGAUAUGAAUUCAAUGAUGAAAUGAAGAUUAAACAAAAAGAAAACUGAAA